CAUUCCCGUGUCGGCGAAUACGGUACACAGUCACGGUAGUGUCGGACUCCACACUCGCAAUCAAGGGCUCCGCGGUGAGACAAGCUUCCCCCUCGACGGCCUCGCCUCUAUCUUCUAUAUUCUCUAAACCUCUUUCCCGUUCCUUCUCCGCACGAGCCCCUCAUGACAGAGGCUUUCCCCAGGGCCCUCGUUGGCCCAUCUUCCAAAGAGCGGAGGUAUGACCGCCAGCUGCGCUUGUGGGCGGCCAGUGGCCAGCAGUCCCUGGAGGACUCGCGCGUGCUUCUGGUCAACUCCGAUGGAUCCUGGGGUAAACAGAACACUGGAGUGUCCGGUGUAGUCGGGGUCGAGACGCUCAAGAACCUCGUACUUCCCGGCAUCGGGGGCUUUACCAUCGUGGACCCGGCCGUUGUCACGGAGCCCGAUCUCGGCGUGAACUUCUUCCUCGAGGAGGCCAGCUUGGGCAAGUCCAGAGCCGAGGAAACCUGCCGAUUGCUGAGAGAACUAAACCCGGACGUAGAAGGGACUUUCCAGACCAAGCCGAUCGCAGAGCUCCUGCGAGAUCCGGAGUUCCUGCCACAGCAUAAGCUGAUACUGGUAUCUGGCCCCGUGAAACGCUCUUCCUUGGUGGCCCUCCGCAAGUCUGCCAAAUCACUGGGUAUCCCAGUGCUGUAUGCGCGCUCGGUUGGCUUCUAUUCGAUCUUCUCCCUGCAGCUUGCAGACGUGUUUCCCAUUGUAGAGACACACCCGGACCCCGAAAGCACGCAGGACCUUCGUCUCCUGAACCCUUGGCCAGAGUUGGCAGCAGUCGGGGCUAGCAUCAGCAACUUGGAAAGUUUGGAUGACCAUCAACACGGUCACGUUCCGUAUAUACUACUUCUACUCCACUACCUGGAGCAAUGGAAAGAAGCCCACGAUGGCAACGUCCCAUCGAACUACAAGGAGAAAUCCGAAUUCCGAGAGAUGGUCCGGUCCAGUGCACGAACGAGCAACCCCGAAGGCGGCGAGGAGAACUAUGACGAAGCCGUUGCGGCAGUUCUGAAGUCGCUGAAUCCGUUCAGCUUGCGCAGUUCGAUCCGCGAAAUUUUCGAGAUGGAGGAGUGCACACGCCUUAACUCAGGGUCCGCCGAUUUCUGGGUCAUUGCAGCGGCCGUUCGCGAGUUUUACCAGAGACACAACGUGCUGCCCCUGCCGGGCUCGCUUCCCGACAUGAAGGCCCAGUCGGCCGAUUAUGUUUCGCUCCAGAAUAUCUACAAAUCGAAGGCGAGAAAAGACAUCGAAGAGGUGACUGAAAUUGUACGACGUAUUGAGGUGCAGCUCGGGACCCGUGUAGUCGAAGUCGCGGACAAGGACAUCGAGGUUUUCUGCAAAAACGCGGCUCACAUCAAGGUCAUUCGUGGUCGUGAUAUCCCUCAGGUCGCUGGAGACGCGCAUAGCCUGAAGACCCUACGGAAUCACCUGAGUAAUGACGAGUCAUCCAUCCCCAUCUUCCUUGCGUUCGAGAUUUUGGACGAUAUCGUGACCGACAUCCAAGACGGGAAGAGGCCAGAAGCAGCAUUGGAUGAUGAGACGGUGUGGGAGAGUGGAAUCGAACGCAUGGUUGGAGCGCUCACCUCGGACGACCCAUCGGCUGUGGACGACGACGCCCGGGAGCGCAUCCGAAAAGCCGCCCGAGAACUCCGACGGACUCAGGGCGGAGAGCUGCACAAUAUCUCCGCGCUGACGGGCGGACUCGUCGCACAGGAGGCACUCAAGGUCAUUACGAGACAGUACGGGCCUCUGGAUAAUACCUGCAUCUUUGACGGUGUACGCAGUGGCAGCGAAAUGUACAAGCUGUGAGGAAGGUGGUGGUAGUGGUGGCGAUCCAAAACCAGAACCUGCAUUAGCCCCUACGAGGAGUCUUCUCAUGACAUGAAUCACGAGUUUCAAGAAUCAAUUCUCCGGUACUUAGUACUGUCAGCCGUAUGCUCUCCUCUCCAUCUUCUCGGCAUGUUUGCAUUUCGCACCAGAAGAUUGAACUGGACGAUCGUCCCUGGCCUGCCCCGUGCGAGAUUUCCCGAACAUUCAAUACUAGCUGUUACAUCGAGAGCAACAACCUUCUGCAUAAUACGGAAAAAUGGCGGACGGUAAGUUAACUCCAGGGUGAGCCAAUUACCCUAUUGGAGUUUCGCAGAUUUUGCGAGAAUAAUAAUAAUGGGCAGGCCAGG